AUGAAGAACCUAUAUCUGGCUAUUACUACCAUCUUCAUUUUUGCCAGCUAUGCCUAUGCCGGCCCACUGGGCUACGGAAUCUGUCAGGCCGGUUGCGCAGCUGUUGUGAUGGCCUGCUAUUCAGCGGCAGGCUAUACUUGGGGUGCCACACUUGGUGCUACAGCACCGGCCUCCAUAGUGGCAUGUAACGCCGCUUUCGGGACUUGUUGUGCUCACUGCGCUGCCACGCUGUUGGCGCCAACUCUUUAA